AGAGGUGGUGCCACUGAAACGAGUUACACGUCGUACCGUAAUUAAUUUUGCUCAGUUCUUGUGGUUACCACCACCACAGAUUAAAACCUAACACAUGCAUCUGUUUGGUAGCUCAGAAAAUUUUUUCCACACAGAAUGGAAACUUUUCUAGGUUGGUUCUACAAGGCGUUUCAACCCCAGAAGUUCUCUAGUUUAUGUGGUUCACCAGGCGGCCCUCCGGUCACAGCGCAGAGACUCCGUUUAAAGGAUGGGCGGUUCCUGGCUUACUCGGAGAGUGGAGUGCCUAAGGACAAAGCCCAGUUUAAGAUCAUCCUCGCCCAUGGCUUUACUGGCUCAAGGCUCGACUUUCUCAGAGCUUCUCCGGAAAUAAUAGAAGAGAUGGGCAUAUACAUGGUGGGCUACGAUAGAGCUGGGCAUGGGGAGAGCGAUCCAAACACUAGGAAAUGGUUGGGAAGUGAAGCCUCUGAUGUUGAAGAGCUUGCAGAUGCUUUGGAGCUGGGCCAAAAGUUUUAUUUGGUGGGAACGUCAAUGGGUGGGUAUGUGGUUUGGGCAUGCCUCAAAUACAUUCCACACAGAUUGGCAGGAGCAGCACUGGUCGCGCCUGUUAUAAAUUAUAGGUGGCCUAGGUUCCCCAAGGAUUUGUCAAAGGAGGCUUACUACCAGCAGGCAGUGGGAGACCAGUGGCUACUGAGAGUGGCAUACUACGCUCCAUGGCUUCUAAACUGGUGGGUGAACCAGUCUUGGUUACCUUCUCCCACAGUCAUCCAAGGCAACACUUUCCUCCCCAAUCACCUAGACUCUCAGUUUCGCGAUCGAGCUAUAUCCUCAGGGAUUUUCCAUCAGAGGAGGAACAUAUCUACCCUACAAGGUGAAAACGAGUCGCUGCACAGGGACUUAAUGGUGAUGUUUGGGAAGUGGGAAUUUGAUCCGAUGGACUUGCCGCCGCCAUGUUUUCCUGUUCACCUUUGGCAAGGGUGUGAAGACGGCAUAGUGCCGGCCAGCCUGCAGAAGUAUGUAAGCCAGCGUGUGGGUUGGAUCAAGUAUCAUGAAGUCCCAGGAGGUGGGCACUUUCUGAAUGCCAUACCGGGAUUUGAUGAUCAUCUUCUCAAAACGCUGUUGCUUCAGCCUUCUUCUGGGUCCUUUGAGAUAUCGGGUAUUGAGGAUGCUGAAGUUAGAAUGCCAAGUGACGAGUUUGAGAGAAUUUCAGGAAAUGAAGAGAGCACAGUCAUGUUACAAAAGAUUUCUCUUGGUGCUGUAGAAGAGCAAGAUGUUUUGGUAGGACAUACGAAGAACUUUGAGAGGGCACUUCCAGCUGAUUUCGUGAAGCUAUAUAAGAAUUUUCAUGAUGAUGAAAAAGUGAGAACCAAGGCAAAUGAUGUUGUAGCUUCUGAUUCUCAGGGUUUGGUAAUUGAAGGGAAGAUUGAGGCUGCCCCAGACUCUGCUUCUGCACAUGCUGAAAGCACUGAAUCGGACUGGCAGCUGGUGAAGGGCUUACUGCUUCAGUUUCAACACGCGGACUGUUCUCUAUUACCUAUCCGAGUGUCUCAGAGACGGAUUGUGCCACGUUGGGCGCGUCAUUGGAAUCCUAGAAAUCAUGGCAAGCUCAGUACACUGGCUGCUAUAGCUGAAGCUGUUGCCAUACACGGUAUUGAGAGUUUUGAUCCAAUCUUGAAGUCAUUGUGGAAGGAUAUCUGGUCGCGCAUAAGGAAGGCGCUGGCGAUGAGAAUAAAAAUCACCCAGCAACAAAACAGUUCGGAGAUUGACGAGAGAGAGGAGAUGGAGCAGCCGCCGACGGCUAUGCCUUUCUCACGGCUCUUUGCUUGCAUCUACAGAUCAGAUUGGGUUAACGCGUCUGGUGCUGUUCGUGCUGAGUAUUUGCGUGCCUUUGCUGCCAAGAUAAGGGAAAGAAGAUUCAUGGUCCGGGGACUAGGAAGGAUCCUUGCUCACAACAUGGCAACUUUUCUAGGCAAAGUGGUUCAGCCCCAGAAAUCUAAGUUAUGUGGUUCACUAGGCGGCCCCCCGGUGACAGCCCAGAGAAUCCGAUUAAAGGAUGGGAGGUGGCUCGCUUACUCGGAGACUGGGGUGCCUAGGGGCAAAGCCAAGUUUAAGAUCAUCCUUGCCCAUGGCUUUACUGGCUCCAGGCUCGACCUUCUCAGAGCUUCCCCUGAAAUAAUAGAAGAGAUGGGCAUAUACAUGGUCUGUUACGACAGAGCCGGGCAUGGGGAGAGUGAUCCAAACCCUAGGAGAUGGUUGGGAAGUGAAGCCUCUGAUGUUGAAGAGCUUGCAGAUGCUUUAGAGCUGGGCAAGAAGUUUUAUGUGGUGGGAACUUCGAUGGGUGGUUACGUAGCUUGGGCAUGCCUCAAGUACAUACCAGACAGAUUGGCAGGAGCAGCACUGCUUGCGCCUGUUAUAAAUUAUAGGUGGCCUGGAUUCCCCAAGGAUUUGUCGAAGGAGGCUUACUAUCAACAGGCGGUGGGAGACCAGUGGCUACUGAGAGUGGCAUACUAUGCUCCAUGGCUGCUAAAUUGGUGGGUGAACCAAUCUUGGUUACCUUCUCCCACAGUCAUCCAAGGCAACACUUUCCUCCCCAAUCACCUAGACUCUCAGUUUCGCGACCGAGCUAUAUCCUCAGGGAUUUUCCAUCAGAGGAGGAACAUAUCUACCCUACAAGGUGAACAUGAGUCGUUGCACCGGGACUUAAUGGUGAUGUUUGGGAAGUGGGAAUUUGAUCCAAUGGAUCACUUGCCGCCGCCAUCUUUUCCAGUUCACCUUUGGCAAGGAUGCGAAGAUGGCAUCGUGCCAGCUAGCCUACAAAAACAUAUAAGCCAGCGUGUGGGUUGGAUCAAGUAUCAUGAAGUCCUAGAUGGUGGACAUUUCCUGAAUGCCAUACCAGGAUUUGAUGAUCAUCUUCUAAAAACUCUACUGCUUCAGCCUUGAGAGUUUUUCAGUUACAACUAUCCAGCUAGGCUUAAUCUAUCCUCUGGUAAGAUAAUAGCUAAAAUGUUUUUAAAUUUCCUCUCGCAAAUCUUCAGUCACAAACUUGAUAUAUCCUUUUAUCCUGAAUAAAAAUCGAUAAGUUCAAUUUAAUUAUAUUGGAUGAUGUCAACAA